AUGGCUAAUUUGUUCGGUGUGAUUAAAGACGUUGUAUUUGUUUGUUGUGUUUUUCAGGUGGUGCUUGUGUUUGCUCUGAGCAUCGGCGCUCUCGUCAUUUACUUCAUUGACUCUUCUGACCCUAUUGAAUCCUGUCAUGAUUUCGACAAGAACUACACGUUACAGAUCGACAUGGCCUUCAACGUCUUCUUCCUGUUGUACUUCGGACUGCGUUUCAUCGCAGCGAAUGAUAAGCUGUGGUUUUGGUUGGAGGUGAACUCUGUGGUGGAUUUCUUCACCGUUCCUCCCGUGUUUGUGUCCGUGUAUCUGAACAGAAGCUGGCUGGGAUUGAGGUUUUUACGGGCGCUCAGGCUGAUCCAGUUCUCAGAAAUAUUGCAGUUUUUGAAUUUAUUAAAAACAAGCAACUCCAUCAAGUUGGUGAAUUUGUGCUCAAUCUUCAUAAGCACAUGGCUGACAGCGGCAGGCUUCAUACAUCUGGUGGAAAACUCAGGAGAUCCUUGGGAAAACUUCCAAAAUUCCCAGCCACUUUCCUAUUGGGAAUGUGUGUACUUACUCAUGGUAACCAUGUCAACAGUUGGUUACGGCGACGUGUGUGCUAAAACCACCCUCGGACGACUUUUCAUGGUCUUCUUCAUUCUUGGAGGAUUGGCCAUGUUUGCCAGCUACGUUCCUGAAAUCAUAGAGUUAAUAGGAAAUCGCAAGAAAUAUGGUGGUUCCUAUAGUGCUGUAAAUGGAAGAAAGCAUAUAGUGGUGUGUGGUCACAUCACACUGGAGAGCGUCUCCAACUUCCUUAAAGACUUCCUCCACAAGGACAGGGACGAUGUCAAUGUAGAAAUCGUUUUUCUUCAUAAUAUCUCACCUAAUCUUGAAUUGGAAGCCUUAUUUAAGAGACACUUCACACAGGUGGAGUUUUACCAGGGAUCUGUUCUUAACCCACACGAUCUCGCUCGGGUCAAGAUUGAGUCGGCUGAUGCCUGUCUGAUCUUAGCUAAUAAAUACUGCGCGGACCCUGAUGCUGAGGACGCCUCAAAUAUCAUGAGGGUGAUAUCCAUCAAAAACUACCAUCCAAAAAUCAGAAUCAUCACACAGAUGCUUCAGUAUCACAAUAAGGCCCAUCUUCUCAACAUCCCGAGCUGGAACUGGAAGGAGGGAGAUGAUGCCAUCUGUCUGGCUGAACUGAAGCUGGGUUUCAUCGCUCAGAGCUGUCUGGCUCAGGGUCUGUCCACCAUGCUGGCCAAUCUCUUCUCAAUGAGGUCCUACAUUAAGAUUGAGGAGGACACGUGGCAGAAGUAUUAUUUAGAGGGAGUGGCCAAUGAAAUGUACACAGAGUAUCUGUCCAGUGCCUUCGUGGGUUUGUCUUUCCCCACCGUCUGCGAACUCUGUUACGUGAAACUCAAACUCCUGCUGAUCGCCAUCGAAUAUAAGUCGGACCAGAGAGAGAGCAGCACGCUGAUUAACCCGGGCAAUCAUGUGAAGAUGCAGGAGGGCACGCUGGGAUUCUUCAUCGCCAGCGAUGCCAAAGAAGUGAAGAGGGCACUGUUCUACUGUAAAGCCUGUCACGAUGACAUCACAGACCCAAAACGGAUCAAGAAGUGUGGAUGUAAACGCUGUAAGUCCUGCUACGUAUGUCGGUCUGUCUGUCUGUCUACCGCUCUGGACAAAGAGACCACUCAAAUUUAUAAUCAGCAUUCUUACGUUAUUUCUAACCCAAUAGCAUUGUGAAAGACAGUCAAGACACAUGGAAAGUGACUCAAACCAGGGUUCUUCCUUUAAAGGUGUGAUGAACUGGGCUUGUUUAUUGUUAUAUACUGUUGUAUGAGGUCUACUCAUGACGUGACAUCACGUGGUUUUUACAUUUCAAAACAAUCAAUAAGUAAUAGGCUAUUUUCUACCCGGGUUUUGAGGCCGGCUCGGCAAACGUUCGGUUUUAAUGGGCGUUCCGCCAUGAAGACUUGGAAGUAAACGCCCACUGCUAUGAUUGGAUGGCAGUUUGCGUAGUUGGAGCCUUCUGUGAAUUCGGUUGGAGACGUAAGGUUAGGUUACGCAUUAGCACCAUUCGCACGGCAUUAGUAUUAUCUGGGGACCUCGUGUGAUUUAGAAAUGACCUCCCCACAUCUGUAUUUCAAGUGACACAUUCGCACAGGAUGAUUUGACUCAAAUUUACGGACUUAUUUCCCAGAUGUGAUGGCAAGGCUUUGCGUAUAGUUUGUAUAGUCUACACUUGUAUUGCGAUUAAUGAUAUAUGACCGUACAUGUCAGCAUUUGAGACCCGCAAACUGGACAGAAGAUCACCGCGAUCGCGGCAAACGGGAGACUCCCGGUAACUUCUGGAUAUGACCCAGCACCCGAAAUAAUACCAAAACACUUCAAAACAGCCUCCAUUAUUUGCAAACGGUGGAUAAAACCUUGAAAAAUGAUAUACGAGCCCGCCAAAUCACAGAGAUGCCGAUUACAAUAGUUACAAAUGACCAGAGGUCCCCAGGUAACGUAAUACUAAUCCCGUGCGAAUAGUGCUCAGGGCACAUCAAGCGAUCUCUAACAAAGCAAUAGUGACACGUGGUACAAAUAUGUUUUACUCACAUAAGAUUGCUGCACCAUUCCUAUCGGAUCCAAUAUUGAUGGCACAGCACUGCUUUUUCAUUUUAGUCUCUCCGCAAAUCCAGCGUCGAUCUGUGCCUUGUUCACGAAGGAAUCCUCGGAGAAAUGAAACGAACAAACACUCCAUGUUUUUCCCACGUGAGCUGGAACGUCUUUAAAAAUAAACUUUAACCACGCAUUCCUAAUAUCAGAAUCUGAAGGAAGGUUAUGCAGCGACUGUGUUCUUCCACAACCAGGGAUGGCACAAUAUUUAGCGAUCUUUAACGGCAUGUUUGUUUAUUGCUUGCUCGCUCUAUCUGGUCAUGCGCGAACCAGUGGGCGGGGCUAGAGAAGUAGUCGUUGAUAUUUUGUCACGACCAGGCGUGGUGGUGAAGAGAACCCAAGCGCAGGCAGGCAGUGAAGGGGUUAACAGAUAAUAUUUAUUCUUUUACAAAAACACGAAACAAAAACACCCACAAUGGGGAAAACUAAACAGAUAUAUAUACACAAAACAAAGACUUCCCACGUGGGGGCAAAAACAGCAGGGAACAAACUAAAACCAAACAUGACAAAACAUCAAAAAACACGGCAGGGUAACUAAGGUAAAAAACACAAAAACUCACAGCUCCAGGACAGGGCAAGAAACAGGCAUGAGAACAUGAACGGGUACACAUCAAACAGAACACAAUGAACAAUCCAACAGCACAAGACAAAGAAACAUGAGGGUAUAAAUGGAGAAAACAAACGAGGGAUAACGAGCAGGGGCAGGUGUAGAACAUCAAACACUCAGGGAAAAAUAACGAGGAAACGAGAGGAAUGGGGCCAAUGACAAGACACUGGAGAGAACGUAUAUUAUAGUCAAACGGACAAUAAUACGUUUCUCUCCACACAUAACCAAAGACUUUGUCAUGGCUCUGCUACAGGACCAAGAAAAACAUGACUAAGGAAGCAGAGCCAUGACAUAUUUUUCUUCGGAGGCGGUGUUCAACCUAUCAAUGUCGUCAUAGAUAAGAGCAUUCCAGAACCUGGCGUUCGCUGGGCCUGGUGUCAAUAACAGAUGUGAUCUCAGUAACAAGGCGUCUUCAGUUCUGACACUUACAGGAUGUUCACGUGAAUACCAUUCCCUCUUAUACA